AUGCCGCAUUCCUCUCCCGUAUACGACCACGCAUCCACCAACAUCAACCAACCAUCCCGCCUCUGCGCCCUCACUCAGUCCCUCCGACCCCUCCGCCUCCUAACCCCCUACCUCUGCCCCCUUCCGUCAGACCAAUCCCCCACCGACGACACAGCCGCCCUGCGACCCGUCCUCACCGGCCUCAAACGCGCCACGGAGCACGCCCUCGGCGGCCAACGCGUCUGCCACGUCCGCCUCAGCGGCCCGCGCAACGUCCACAACGCCACGGCCUCGGAGCACUACGUCCGCACCAUGCUCGACGCCCUCAGCGCCACGGGCCUGCGCUCGGCGCGGUACUGGGUGUGGAGCUGCAUAGGGGAGGAAGAGGUUGAUGUAUUGAGGGACGUCACGCCGAGCGCCGCCGCGGCGGCGGCGGGUGCGCUGCGGCUGGAUGUGGAGGACGAGUGGCCGUGGGUGUCGUACGUUGUGGUUGUCGAGGUGACGAGGCGAGGGGGGGAGAACGGCGGUCCGGGCUUGGUGACGGCGGCGGUCAUGGGGGAUAUGCUUGGUACGUACGGAGUAGGGAUGGGGGAGGUGGGAGAAGGAGCCGAGGUGGGGGAAGUGGUGGAGAGGGUGGUGAGGGAUGUGGUGGAGAGGGUGGUCGCGUAUGAAGGUGCAGAGGAAUUCUAUAGGAAUUUGGAGUCGGUGCUUGUACAUGGUGAUGGGAUGGGAGUGAGCGGGGUGAGGGAGGCGUUGGACAGGGUGUUAGGGGAGGCGAAGGUCGGUGAGACGUUUGGAGCGGAGUGGGAUGAUGAUGCGAUUUUUUGGGGCGCGGAUGGGACGGCGAGAUCUGCGUAUGAGGCGCUUGAAUCGAUGCAGUCGCAGAAGGCGGCGCUUGGGUGUCGUUUCAUGUCAGGGUUCUAUAAGGAUGGGUGGAGAGAGUUGCGGAAAGACGCUGCUCAACUUGGGUGGAGGGAGUUGUGGGAGGAUGCUGGUCAACUUGGGUGGAUGGCGUUGUGGAAGCAUGCUCUUCAGCUUGGAUGCAGGGAUAUGUGGGAGUAUACUGUUCAACUGAGGUGGAAGGAGCUGUGGGAGUAUGCUGUUCAACUGAGAUGGAGGGAGUAA